CCCUCCCUUGCUCGUACACAGCUCGCAGUCGGUCAAGCCGGCCAAAGGCCACGUCAUGGCCGAGAAGCUGGGACUGGUGGAUGACGAGUACAUCCCGGUGGGUCACUACGCAGGCAAGGUCGACGCGGCGGCGGUGCUAGAGCGGCUGGGUCCGGAUGCGCCUCAGGGCAAGUACGUGCUCAUCACGGGCAUCAACCCGACGCCGCUGGGAGAGGGCAAGUCGACGACGGCUAUCGGGCUCUCGCAAGCGCUGGGUGCGCAUCUGGAUCGCAACGUUGUCUGCACCGCGCGGGUCCCGGCCAUGUCCACCACCUUUGGCAUCAAGGGCGGCGCGGCCGGCGGCGGCUACGCCCAGAUUGUGCCUAUGGACGUGUUCAACCUCGGCCUGCCGGACUCGCACUACGCGUCGCUGGCAACGAACCUCAUUGCAGCACAGCUUGACACCCGCAUGUACCACGAGUCGACCCAGUCGGACGCCGCGCUCUAUCGGCGCCUUGUGCCGACCGUCAAGGGCGUCCGCACCUUUGCGCCCAUCAUGCUCAAGCGCCUCGCCAAGCUCGGCAUCGACAAGACCGAGCCCGACGAGCUCACGCCUGAGGAGAUCCGCAAGUUUGUCCGGCUCGACAUCGACCCCCACACCAUUUCGUUUAUGCGCGUGCUCGACGUUAACGACCGUUCGCUCCGCAAGAUCACCAUCAACCAGAGCCCGACCGAGAAGGGCCGCAUUCGCGAGGCCGAGUUUGCAGUGACCUCGGCGUCGGAGCUGUGCUCGGCGCAGGUCCUCUGCACCUCGCUGGGCGACCUCAAGGAGAAGAUCGGCAACACUGUGGUGGCGUUCUCGCGGUCGGGCGACGCCGUGACCGUCGACGAUCUCGGUGUCACUGGUGCUGCCACCCUCAUCAUGCGCGACACGGUCAAGCCGAACCUGAUGCAGACCAUCGAGGGCACGCCCGUACUUGUGUCGGGCUCGUGCUUUGCCAACAUCUCUGUCGGCAACUCGGCGGUCAUCGCCGACCAGGUCGCCCUCAAGCUCGUCGGUAACGACGGCUUUGUCGUCACCGAGGCCGGCUUUUCGGAGGCCAUCGGCGCCGAGAAGUUCUUCAACAUCAAGUGCCGGGUCUCGGGCCUUCAGCCGUCAGCGGUGGUUCUUGUUGCCACUGUCCGCGCGCUCAAGGUCCACGGCGGCGGGCCGCCUGUCUCGCCGGGCCGCCCGCUCGACGACGCAUACACAUCAGAGGCGCUCGACCUGCUCGAGGCCGGCCUGACCAACCUCCGCGACCACAUUGGCAACCUGACCAAGUACGGCGUCCCGGUUGUGGUCGCCAUCAACAAGUUUUCCACCGACACCGACGCCGAGGUUGCGCUUGUCCGCGAUGCCGCUAUUGCCGCCGGCGCAGUCGAUGCUGUUUGCUCGGAGCACCACGGCAAGGGCGGCGCCGGCGCGGUUGAUCUUGCCAACGCCGUCAUCGCCGCCACCCAGGAGCCGUCCGACUUUAAGCACCUCUACGAGCUCGACCUGCCGCUCAAGGACAAAAUCGAGGUCAUCGCCCGUGAGAUUUACGGCGCCGACGGCGUCAAGUACUCGACCAAGGCCACGGCGCGGCUCCGUGACUACGAGCGGCUCGGGUUUGGCAAGCUUCCAGUGUGCAUUGCCAAGACGCAGUACGCCUUUUCGCACCGGCCGGCCGACAAGGGCGGCAAGCCGAGCGGGUACACCUUUGAGAUUUCUGACGUCAAGUCGGCCAUCGGCGCCGGCUUUGUGGUGCCCAUUGCCGGCUCGGUCUCGCUCAUGCCGGGCCUCCCGACGCGGCCGGCCAUCUACGACCAGGACGUGUACACUGGCGACGACGACACAGCCGGCGCGUCGAACGGCAUGGCCAUCGGCGACGCUAUCGGCCUCAUGUAGAGAGCAGAGAAAGUGAUUGAAAGAGCCGAACUGUG